UUCUUUUCUUAGGGAACCACCAAACUUUGUUCUGCAGAUCAUAUUGUCCUACGUGGGCCGGCCUUCUAGCAUCGAGUUAGCCUUUGCUAUACAUCGCAAAGCUCUAGCCAGUAUCUCGACAGUGACAAGCUUCCCUUCGGCAUCGGAUUACUCCAGUAGUUCCUCAAACUAAGUCAAGCAGUUUGGUCUCUCUUCAUCACCAAUUUCAAUACGAUCAAGAGAUCACUAUUUGGAUUUAAUAGCGUUGCAUAUUUGUCUCCCGACCGGUGUUAUAGACAUCGUGCUACACUUCCCUAAUUAAGACAUAAUACCGACAGCCAACUCCAACAAUACCAGCCUCCCUUCCGCUCUUUUAACUUAACAGAUGAUCAUGACCUUUUGAUAAGCGACGGUAAUCUGGAGGCCACUGUAUUUGGUCUCAUUGUCGCUCAUUUAUUCGGAGUCAUCGCGUUGGGUUUGUUGGAGUUUUAUAUCAUACCAUGUCACUUCCAGAACCGCUGUUGCCGUUAACGGGCGCCUGCAGCGUUAUAUUCGAUAAUACUUUAUACUCCUACUCGGCCGCUGGACUCGAGUCGUUAAAACUAGAGGAAGGGGCAGAAUGGAAAAAACUAGCCAGUGGACAGUCAGUUGAAGGUGCCGUCUGUGUUGGAUCGACGCCAAAAGAUUCCUCGAAGGCCGCGCUAUUUGUUGUUGGUGGAACAUCGAAAUCAUCCGACUAUCCGGGUCUUCAAAAGUUUACAUACUCGACUAAAAAAUGGGAGAAUAUAGUCCCGGAGGUAAAUGUGACGCAGAAUCGGGUAUACCACAGCGCGGCGUACAUCAACGGCAGUGAUACGAUUUUGGUCUACUCGGGAUCGACCGACGGAAAACCGGAGUUAUCUUCUCAGACCUUCACAAUCGGGGCAUCUGAGCCGUACUCUGUGCUGGCAUUUCAGUCUACCCUCUCCCCACCGGGAGUCGCGCCAUUAAUUCUCCCAUGGUCGGAAACACAAGCGGUCAUGAUCGGUGGCAACCCGACGAACACGCGGGUGAUGCUUUUUGAUCCAGUUGCCUCAUGGGUUGAUCCAGGAAUAACCUUAGCAGAGCCAUUAGCUAAGAAUUCCACGUACAUGAAGGCGGCUAUCAUGGCCGGUGACGAUGGUAGCAAACAUCUCUAUACGUUUGAUAUGACCACCUCGCCGAACACGGUCAACAGGACGAUGUUGUUGACUAGCAAUGGUCUCCCUAUAGCCGACGCGGCUCCAGCCGGAACGACCGUUUCGGGCCGCGCGUUACAGGAAGAGAAGCGAGCCCUUACUGCGGAUAACUGGCCGAAAUAUAACUCAACUCUAGCGCCGCAAAGCACACGAACCGACUAUUCCUUAGCUACUGAUGCAAAUGGUUUGGUAGUAAUCUCAGGUGGGAAUGAUGACGAGAUAUUGUGCAUGUUCAAUGCGAAACAGAACACAUGGAAGAACGCCACGGCCGUGCUUGGGCAGCAAAAAGGGUUUUUGAUCGAGUCGACAUCUUCAACCUCAUCAUCGGCCUCUUCCUCCACUCUUGCGCCCUCUAGCACCUCAACUGAAGCUCCUACUGCGGCCGCUACUACUCCUGUUUCUACUGCGCCUGCAGCUGAAGACAGCAUACUUCCUCCGACAACUUUACUCGGCAUAGUGCUUGGGACUAUCUUUGGCUUCGCGAUUAUCUUACUGUGCUUGCUAUUCUGGAUCAAGCAUCUUCGGAAGCGGCAAAAUCAUGCUGAUGUAGGACAAGCGCGAAGAGCCAGUGGAAUACCGGAUGAGAAGGCUGAAUUCGAACGCGAAGUUGCGAACACUUCGGGUGGACAUUUCCGGGGGCACGUUCCACAGGAUUCUGUAGGUUCAUUCUCAUCAAUGGCCAUCUUGAUGGGUAAAGUGCAGAAGCCUGCUGUACAGCGCAAAACGAGCAACGAAACGAAGCGCAGCUCUGUCAACAGCAUCUUUAGUAAGCAAUUCAAGAGUACUAUUAGCCGGCCGCAGCCUCAAACGAAUCCGGAGCCGGAGUUCCUCUCAAUGGAUGAAAAGGGCGUGUCCUUUGCUGCCGACGCGAACGAGCCGAAGCCGCGACCUCGGGCAGCAGGAGAUAAUGUAGAUGAUACUAUGAGAAGGAGCUCUGGUUGGAAUCGAUACUGGUCUGACGGCAGCGCGCUGUCCGUUCUUGGCCUCGGGAAUAGCAACUCGCAGCGUGAAAAUGGUUCUGGACCAAGUUCUUUCUACUCAGAUAAAAACCGCCUAACGCAAGACUCUGCCACCGUACCAGCCUUAUCCAUACCGGCCUUACAAGUCCCACAAGGACGGCCGGAACUGAACCAGGUCAACUCAAGCAGCCCAACGAUCUCGCAGCAGAAUCUUCACAUCGAGGGAAUGUCCGGCCAAAUAGAACGACCCAUAUCCACUGCAUCGUCCUCGGGAUAUUCUAGUGGUAUCCCGGCCAGUGUCCAUGAUACUUGGGAUCCGGCAACGGCGAAAAAGGCUUGGGGUGAUGUGCGAGCUCCGAGUAGUACUUAUAGCCAGAGCAUCUAUCAGACAGUUCUUGGGCCUCCUGAUUCAAAUAAACCUCCAACUGGUAUUUCUAAACAGCCGCCAUUGGAUACGGCAUCUAAUUCGAACGACUUGAGUUGGCUGAACUUAGGAGACAACAACAACAACAACAACAACCAGUCGUUUAAAUAAUCCUUCGACAUACUGCAAGACUGUUGUUCUCUUUCAAUUGCUCGUCACAUUAAUGAUACUCUUACGAAACCGUUCAUGACCUUCGCUUAUACCCAUUCUCAUUUAAGGAGCAAAAGUUCUGGAUUCGGGCUC